AUGCUGCAGCCCUGGGCUCUGGCUCUCCCGCUUCUGCUCUUCUGGGUGGCAGGUGGAGUAGGGAAGGCAGCCAGUCCAAGGGAUCACGCGUUGUUGGCAUUGUCGCUCCAGCCUGGUGUCUGUCGCUAUGGAACCAUACUGGCCUGCUGCUAUGGCUGGAGAAGGAGCAGCAAGGGAGUCUGUGAAGCUCUGUGUGAACCUGGAUGCAAGUUCGGUGAGUGUGUGGGACCAAACAAAUGUAGAUGCUUUCCAGGAUACACCGGGAAAACCUGCAGCCAAGAUGUGAAUGAGUGUGGAUUCAAACCCCGGCCGUGCCAACACAGAUGCGUGAAUACACACGGUAGCUACAAGUGCUUUUGCCUCAGCAGCCACAUGCUCCUGCCGAACGCCACAUGUUCCAACUCUUGGACGUGUGCCGUGACCAACUGCCAGUACGGCUGUAAAGACACGGAAGAGGGGCCACGCUGUCUGUGUCCAUCUCCGGGCCUCCGCUUGGCCCACAAUGGAAGAGCUUGUCUAGACAUCGAUGAAUGUGUCUCUGAUAAAGCCUUCUGUCCCUACAAUCGAAGAUGUGUGAACACAUUUGGAAGCUACUAUUGCAAAUGUCAUGUUGGUUUCGAACUGAAAUAUAUCAGUGGCCAGUACGAUUGUGUAGAUAUAAAUGAAUGUGCUGCGACUACCCACACGUGCAGCCUCCAUGCCAAUUGCCUCAAUACCCAAGGAUCCUUCAAGUGCAAGUGCAAGCAGGGGUAUAAAGGCAGCGGACUGCAGUGCGCCCUUAUCCCCGAAAAUUCUGUGAAAGAAUUCCUCAGAGCAUCUGGUACCAUCAAGGACAGAAUUAAGAAGUUGCUUGCUCACAAGAAUAGCAUGAGAAAGAAGGUAAAAAUGAAAAACAUCGCAGAACCCAGAGGGACGCCCACCCCAAAGGUUGACUCCGAGCCCUUCAGCUCUGAAGAGAGCAUUUCCAGAGAUGGGAACCCUCACAGAGAGAAGAAGAGGAAUGAAAACGGAAAGAAAGAAAGGCUGGAGGAUGAGAACAGAGAUGAGAACCAUGUGGAGCAGGAGCAAAGCCUUCGUGGAGAUGUAUUUUCCUCUAAGGUGAAUGAAGCGAGUGAAGUUGAUCUGGUUCUGAUGCAAAGAAAAACUACAUCAUCCCAUCUGAAACACAAAGCACAUUUAAAUAUCUCAGUUGACUGCACCUUUGACCAUGGCGUCUGUGACUGGAAACAGGAUAUAGAAGAUGAUUUCGACUGGAAUCCUGCAGACAGAGAUAAUGCUCUUGGCUACUAUAUGGCUGUUUCAGCCCUGACAGGUCAGAAGAAGGACAUCGGCCGUUUGAAACUUCUCCUCCCCAACCUGCAACCCCACAGCAACUUCUGUUUGCUCUUUCAUUACCGGCUGGCUGGACACAAAGUAGGGAAGCUUAGAGUGUUUGUGAAAAAUAGUAACAAUGCCCUGGCCUGGGAGAAAACGAGGAGCACCAAUGAACAGUGGAGGAUGGGGAAAAUUCAGCUGUAUCAUGGAAUUGAUACUCCCAAAAGCAUCAUUUUUGAAGCUGAACGUGGCAAGGGCAAGACUGGAGAAAUUGCAGUGGAUGGCGUCUUGCUGGUUUCAGGCUUAUGUCCAGAUGGCCUUUGA